AUGCAACCAGUCAAUUCCUAUAUGGCUUCAGAACUGGAAUCUGACAUGUGGAUUGAACAAAAUAUUCCUGGUGGAUUAGAGAGUCCCUUGGGUAUAUAUCUUGACAAUUUAAUGGGUGGAAAUCCAAACCCAACCAUGGGUCAAAUUCUUGGAAGUGAUCCUGAAUUCUAUGAUAUUCCAGAAUUCGAUCGAUUGGUACGACAUGAUGACUUUAGUCAUGUUACACAUUUUUCCCAAUAUACUAGUUCAUAUGGUUAUUCAUAUGGUUAUUCAGUCUCCUGA